AUGUGCACAAGAUGGACAGCAGCAACUAAUUCCGAGGAGUUAUUUUGUGGAGCAGAAGAGGAGGAGGACAAGAAGGAAGUUAUCUUCAACACAGCAGCAGCCAUAAGGAAAUCAAAUCUUGGUCCGGGGCUCCUUUACAUCAAAACGGAGGAGGAACAACAUCCCCGAAUCAAAGAGGAAGAGAAGGAGGAGGAUGUUACCAAGUUGUUAGUGACUGGUGACCCUUUGAAGAGUGAAGAUGGACGUCCGAGUGAGGGGAGUGGAGGGCUAGCGCCUCACAGCCGCCGCUCAACAGAAGGAUCCCAAGCAGAUGGCCUCAUAGCUCCUCUAUCAGACAGCGACGACAGCGCAUCCCGCUCGCCUCAAACGGACGAACGCUGGAAAUGUUCCCAAUGUGGGAAAAGUUUUAUUUACAAGUCUUUUUUGAAAAGGCACAUUAGAAGUCACGCCGGCGAGAAACCUUUUUCCUGCUCAGUUUGUGGUAAACGAUUCACUCAAGACGCACAUUUAAAAAUACACGCGAGAAAGCACACCGGGGAGAAACCGUUUGUCUGCUCGGUUUGCGGUCAGCAAUUCGCUCAAAGGUAUAGUUUAGCGACCCACGCAGCAACGCACGCCGGAGAGAAACCUUUCGUCUGCUCGGCUUGCGGUCAGAGAUUCGCCCGGAGGAGCCAUUUGACGGCACACGCAAAAACGCACACUGGCGAGAAACCGUUCGCCUGCUCGGUUUGCGGCCAAAGUUUUUCCCAAAAGGGAAAUUUGACGAGUCACACGAGAAGCCACACUGGAGAGAAACCUUUUUCCUGUUCGGUUUGCGGGAAAAGAUUCUCUCAGAAGGGACAGAUAGGCGUUCACAUGAGAACUCAUACUGGCGAGGAACCCUUUUUGUGUUCUGUUUGCGGUAAAAGAUUUUCCCAGAAGGGACAUUUAGGGAUUCACAGGAGAACUCACACCGGUGAGAAACCUUUCUCCUGCUUGGAAUGCGGUCAGAGAUUCUCUCUCAAGGCCCAUUUAAAAGCACACGCGAGAACCCACACUGGUGAGAAAGCUUUCACCUGCACGGUUUGUAACCAAAGGUUUACAACCAAGGGCUAUUUAAAAAUACAUGCAAAAACCCACGAUGGUGGUAAACCUUUUGGCUGCAGCGUUUGUGGCCAGACAUUCAUCGUGAAGGGCUAUUUAAAAAUCCAUAUGAGAAUACACACCGGAGAGAAACCGUUCGCUUGCUCGGACUGUGGGAAAACAUUCUCGACAAAGGGACACUUGAAAGCGCACGUGAGAACGCACACCGGAGAGAAACCGUUCGCCUGCUCGAUUUGCGGGCAAAAAUUUUCUCUAAAGGGAAACUUGACGAGUCACAAGAAAAUGCACGUGGGCGAGAAGCCUUUUUCCUGCUCUGUUUGUGGCCAAAGAUUCUCUCGAAAUGGAAAUUUGAAAAGUCACACGAGAACGCACACUGGCGAGAAACCAUUCGCCUGCUCAAUUUGCGGUCAAAGGUUCACCGAAAAGGGGAACUUGAGACAACACACGCGAACGCACACUGGUGAGAAACCAUUUUCCUGCUCGGUUUGCGAUCAAAAAUUCUCUCACAAAUUAAGCUUACAAAUACACACGAGAACCCACACCGGCGAGAAACCUUUUGCUUGCCCGGCUUGCGGUCAAAGAUUCUCCAACAGAAGCAAUUUGUCAACGCACACAAGAACACACACCGGCGAGAAACCGUUUGCCUGUUCAGAAUGCGAUCAAAGAUUCUCUCAGAGAAGUCAUUUGACCACACACACGAGAACACACACCGGUGAGAAACCUUUCACCUGUUCAGAUUGCGGUCAAAGCUUCUCCGAAAAGGGAAGCUUGAGGAACCACACGAGAACGCACACGGGUGAGAAACCUUUUGCCUGCCCGGUGUGCGGACAAAGAUUCUCCGAGAAGGGAAACCUGAGAAAACACACAAGAGUCCACACUGGCGAGAAACCGUUUGUCUGCUCGGUUUGCGGGCAAAAAUUCUUGGAUAAGGGAAGCUUACGGAAACACAUGAGAACACACUCUGGCGAGAAACCUUUCGCCUGCCUGAUUUGCGCUCAAAAGUUCUCUGAAAAGGGAAACCUGAAAAAGCACACGAGGACCCACACGGGCGAGAAACCUUUUUCCUGCUCGGAUUGCGGUCAAAGCUUCACUCAGAAGGGAAGCUUGAAAAUACACGAAAGAACCCACACUGGAGAGAAACCUUUUGUUUGCUCAGUGUGUGACAAAAGAUUCUCUCAGAAGGGACACUUACGAAGUCACGCCCGAACACACGCUCAGGCUGAGAAAAUUGACGUGUAUUAA